UCGUGUUUCAGUAUUCGUCGAUCACGCGGACGGCUUACCGCUACUUAACACAGUAAUUAAUUCAGAAAAAGUAUUUCCUUGUCGACCGGUAGCCAUUCGACAUCACCUGCAUCUGCGCAUCGUCAUCUGGUCUGGACUUUGUUCUGAAUAAAGUGACACUACACAAGUGAUAAAUUGCUGUAUAAUAUUUCCAUUGGCACUGAAUCCAGCCAUUCGUCAUCCGGUACUUUUCGCAUCGCGAUACUUGAGUGUACUCAAAUUACUUCCCAAAUUGACGCUGACUUGUAUUUAUCGCAACCUCUUAUUCUUUUUCUUACUACUUACAGCAGCGUGUUACGUGCACAAUGUUAUACUCAAUAGACGUUUAUACGGAUUUGAGCUUCUGGGACUUUUCGAGCACGUUACUAGUGCGGGCGAGACCUGUGUACGUAUGCGCCCAUCAGUGCCACCUCAUGUGAAUACAUGCCUGACAAAACUUGGAUGUGAAUCCAUCUAUGCACACAGACUAUACAGACAAGUUUCUUUGCUUGUGAAAGUACGCCAGGGGCCCAUUGAAAAAAACCGCGUUCAAAUCAACGUCUCUAACUCUUCCAACAGUUAACGCGGUUCGCGCGCAUACGUUCGUAAGAUAAAUUCUCCUUUCGUAGCCUCCAGCGUAUCAAUUUUCGCGUACCAUCAGCCGUUCGUCAAAUCAUGGACCCAAGUGUCUGUUCAACGGGGAACAGAGUGCGAAGGUGUGAUUCUUCGAGUCGUUCGAGGCGUAACUUGAACGGUGCAAAAAAUUUCUAAGCAAACAAUACAACCGUAAAGGAAGAAAAGGUUCCCGACUAUUAGAACGGUCACCAAAGUCAAUAACUAUAGCCAAGUUCUACAAGGAACUGCGAUUCGAGGUAGAGUGUCGAUGUGCGCCGCAAUGUGGAUGUCCGUCGGUGUGUUCCACAGGUUCGGUAAAGCGUGGGUGUGCCAUGUGUCGGAGAGCCCGACAGACGGAGGCUAGAGGCUACGGGAGUAUCGUAAGCCGGGCAGUCGGUUAGUUCUGUCAUGUCUGAUCAGUGGUGAAGACCUGCCAGAGAAGGAGGAAGAGACGCGGUGGUUCAGAGGCUGAACCGAAAAUGGCCGGCAACCCUUGAAGAUGGCGGGGGUGAAAAAGUGCGCGUAUCGAUACUCGUUCGGACUUUUUCGCAGUUCUACGUACGCGUUAUAUUACCGCUCAACAAAUUGAACAGUGACUGUUGAAUUCUGACGCGUUUCAGCGUUAACUUGACGCGCUGUUCUCGUCGAAUAUCGGGGGGAUUUUUCGAGCCUCUGAUUUGCCGAGUACCCUGUUUCGUCAGUGAUAUCGACGCUGUGUUGUGAAACAAAUAAUUCACGGUCUGUGACGCUUCGCAAAAGAUAAAAUAUUAUAGUUGCGACACAUUACUUCACUCCGGAGCAGACGAUUUACGUUCCAGUUUUUCAGCUGUACGCUUAGCGGGAUUUUCCUGCCUGUACUCUGACGCCCGCGGUUCGAGAAGCGGAGGACGGCUCUGUUCGUGUCCCGAUGGCGCCGUAUCGGACGAACUUGAUCGAGGUGUCGAACGUGUUGGUGUUCCUGACACUUUUAGCGGUGGAAACAUCGCCGGUAAAAGUGGACGAGUCGAGGCCUCCGAGGAGAUGCUGCGACCCCGGAAGCUUGGUGACCUUUGACGGAGAAUCGUACGCGUGCAAAACGCCACCUCCCGAUGCUCCAGAGUUCUUUGAACCACUCAACUUUGGGCAAAAAAAUCCGGGCAUUCCCGCCUGCGAGAAUGGCGCCAAUCUCACGAGCAUUCCACUUGCGAAUGCAAAUUCAACCCAUUUGCUGAGCGACUUUUGCAUCGACGUUAUUCUCAACUCGGAAGACGGCAUCGAAACGCGACCGAACGAUUCUCCGGAUCUUUUGUACUGUACCCGGAACUUGAACUCGGAUUUGACCAAUGGAUCUUUGGACGAACCUCGCCACCUUCCGACUGUCUCAAAAAUCAGGAGAUGCUGCGUCCGUGGCGAGAUUUUUAGAAUCGAUCGGCGCGCCUGCGUGCCGCUGGAAGAUUCGGAUCGGGAUAUUUCUACGGGAUCUUUGGUCCGCAGUAUCGGGUUUGCCGAUUUUCUCUAUGUCAAAAGAGGCCCACCGAUGUGCCAGCACGCUAUUGUCGAUCAAGAAGUCAAUCAGACCGACGUUUCGAUCGUGAAUGGAAGGAUCCAGGUGACGGCGACGAAUUCCAACGGCGUUGUCGAUCUGCUUGCAACCGAUGAAAGCGCCUGUCUCGAAUCGGGCAGUUCGCCCGGUCUUCUGGUAGUCAGAGUCUGUCGAGGCGUCGAAUACUGUCGCGGUAAUACCUGCUUGAGAAAAUGUUGCCGGGAAGACGAGGCGCUGGUCGAAACCUCUUGUAAAAAAUUACCGGCCGAAUUGACGACGCCGAAGCUGCACGAGGAGGUCCGGAAUUUGCCGAACCCGGCGGAGAACUCGACGGAACAGGUUUUUAACUCUACCGAGUACGGACUUCUCGUCGGUAAGCCGUGCUCGUACGGAAUGUACGCGGUACUCAAAGACGAGAAAUGGCAUCUCGUACCGGAAGGAAAACUACACGUUCCCGGUUACCAAACUUACGGGCAUCACCAACACUGCAUGGACAUGUUCUACAACAGCAGCCUCGGACCGGACGGCCUUUAUCCAUUUGUGUGCUUCGAGGAUCCCCCCCUGGAAGAAAAUUACUCCGAGGAGAGGUUUCACGUGAACGCAGUGCUGCAGAUGAUCGGCUGUACUUUUCUUCUGGUCACAUUGCUGGUUUACGUAUGUCUACCGACUCUGCAAAACCUCCAUGGAAAAACCCUCAUGUGUCACGUGGGGAGCCUCUUCGUGGCAAUGGCUUGUCUCGCCAUCGUUGGCGUCGUAAUACCGAACGAGUCUCAAACGCAACGGGAGGAUGAAGUCGACUUGGAAAACGUCUGCACAUUUCUGGGGUACACAAUGCUAUUCUCAUUCCUAUCCGCCUUCUUCUGGCUGAACGUCAUGUGCUUUGACAUAUGGUGGACUUUCGGAUCUCUGAGGCAUUCGGGAAGGACGAACACCAAGAGGCAGGAGGACCAUAAACGGUUCAUGUUCUAUUGCCUCUAUGCGUGGGGCUUUGCGGUAAUAUUUGUCAUCGUCGCUAUCGCCGCUGAUUACACAGAAUUUUUACCUGCUCAACUGCGCCCCGGAAUGGGGGUUCAGCGAUGCUGGUUCUCAAGCGGCUACAGCUUCCAUGGUGAGAUAUUAUUUUUCACCGGUCCGGUCUCGAUCCAGCUUAUCGUUAACGUCGUCCUGUUCAUUCUUACGGCCAGGAGGUGUAGCAUGGUCAAAGCCGACAUCCAGCGACGAGUUAAAAUGAACACGUCAGAUUCCAGGAGCCGCAGGUUUCACGCUGACAAAAAUAAAUUGAUCCUGAAUGUUAAGCUCUUCGUCGUAAUGGGGAUAUCCUGGAUUCUCGAGGUGAUAUCCUACUUCCUCAACCACUAUCUGACGAACGUCAGUUGGAAAACGGAGUUCUUCUGUGUAUCGGACGUCUUCAAUUGCCUCCAGGGUCUUAUGAUAUUCGUGCUCUUCGUACUGAAGAAGAAGGUCCUUCACGCGUUGCGACGGAAGUUCGCAAAGGGUGUCGAAAGCCGUCAAUGCAGCACCGCCGGUGUUCACGAUCCGUACAGAGUCAGGAAGAGCCCCAGCACCAGCACGAUACUCUCCACGUUUGCUGUCAGCUCUUCGCCUUGAUUGCAGGGAGAAAAUGAAAUGAAACAAGAGCGUUUCCUUUUACGCGGAUCGCGGUAGUCAAUUUGCCAGAUUGCGGGCAAAGGUUCAGGGAACAGGAAAUUUAUUAUUUCAAGGGAUCUCACCCGCUGUGGCAAGAAAGCCAAAGAAAAGGUCAAACCUGAUUUGAACAGUCGAUUUAUCGAUUCCGGGGAAUUCUGAAUGUCAGAGUAUUCCAGGAGCCAGAUAUUUUUGCGUUUCUACUCAACGAAACGAUAAUGAUUAUUCAAUUUUCUCUCAGUCUUUACACUCGGCAAAUAUUAGAACUUCGGUUGACUCGAAGAAUUGCAGAAUAUUUGAUAUUCGGUGGUUUGAUUUAAAUUUGAGCCAAAGAAACUUACUCGGUUCAACUACUUAGUAUACAUAUACGUUUAAUAUAGUUGAAUUUACAUCCAGCUCGUUUCUAAACAUUUGUAAAUAAUUUAAAAUAGAUGUAAUGUUGAUUUUUUUAUAAUACUUAUACCAUACGUAUAACGUCGUGCGUGAAAUUGCAGUGAUUUGUGGACGUCGGGAAGCUUCGGGAGAUAUAUCUGCUUGAAAGAAAAGAAAAGAGAGGGGAAAGAAAAUUGAAAAUUAUGUCAACAGUCACACGAUGAUAACAGUAAUUUAAAGAUUAUGAAUCAUAAUUUUAUUACACAUACGUAUGUAUAAUUACAUAUACACAAUGCAUAUACGCUUACAUUCUCAAUAAAUGUUACCAUUCGUAUUUCUUUUUUUA